UUUUUAAUUCAUUGCUGUUUAAUAAAUGACGGUGACCCCUCGCGCCGCCCUCGGCCUCUGACUGCGGGAGCCCCGCGGCGGUUACCGGGCACCGUUACCGACCGUUACCAACAGUCGCGGGGUCCCUGCGGCACCGGCCAUGGCAGCGCCGAGCAGCCAGAGCCCCGGGCAGCGGCAGGAGGAGGUUCUGGCAAACGGGAGCGAGGAGUUACCGGAGAGCCGCGGGGAGGUGACCGGGGGGCACCCGCGGCGCUGGGAGAGGAUUUUGGUGCCGCCCCACGGGGCUCUGGGGCCGCAAGUGCUCUCGGAGCUGCGUCUCGCCGGCGCCGAGCUCACCACGGUCCGGCGAGCCGCGCUGUGCCGGCUGCUGCAGGACGAGCACCGGCAGCAGCGGCGGGAGCUGCAGCGGCUCGGGAAGGCGUUCUACGUGGAGCGGCUGUGAGCGCCCGACCGCCGGCUCCACGUCCCGCACGCGGAUGUGGUGCCGGAGCAACAGCUCCGCACCAAACCCACGGGUACAGCACCGAACUGAUGGCUCAGUGCUGAACCCGUGGGCUCGAAACUGAACCGACGGCUCCGCGCCGAACCCAUGGGCUCAAAACCAAACCCGUGGGCUCGGUACCAAACCGAUGGCUCAGCACUGAACCGAUGGGCACAAAAGUGAACCCGUGGGCUCGGCACCCAACCAGUGGCUUGGCACCGAACCAACGGGCUUGAAACCGAACCGAUGGCUCCACACCGAACUGAUGGGCUCGAAAUUGAAUCCGUGGGCUCGGUACCAAACCGAUGGCUCAGCGCCAAACCGAUGGGCUCGAAACCAAACCAACGGACUCGGCACAGAACCGACGGGCUUGAAACCGAAACAACAGACUUGGCACCGAACUGGUGUCACCCAGUUUUCCGGCCAAGAAUAAAACGCGUUGGGCAGAA